UGAUUUUUUCCUUUUUAAAAGAUAUCAAAUCAAAAACACAUCACAAAUACACAAAAUAUACCAUCGUCUUCUUCCUCAAAAAUAGCAUCGUCUUCUUCCUCAAAUUUUUUAUCUCAAAUAUUGUAUCAUCAUGGAAUCUAUUCCAGUGAUGAUACAACACAAAGGGAAAUCGAUUUUACUGUGUAUCCUCUCUGCAUAGUAGUUAUCAGUGAUACUAACCAGAUACAAACAAUUCUUCCAGAUGCAUCAUCAAGUGUUUCAACAGCUAUUUCACAAUCAAAGAUAGAUCAAGAUACCGUAUCGAUACAUGAUUGAUACAUGUCUGAUACAAUCGUCGAAAUAGGUCAGUAUACAAAACUUCUUGCAAUUGAUACAAUAGACUGUAACAAUGAUCAAAUCAAGAAUCAGUAUCAGAUCCACUACAAGAUAUAGAUCUGACAGUUGGACAAUCUUUCAAAGAUAAAGCAACUCUUCAAGCAUGCUUACGACUUCAUGCAAUUAAUAAUCACUACCAGCAAAAGACAGUUAAAUCGUGUCAAAAGAACAUUUUUGUAAAAUGUAUCGAUGAUACAUGUAAAUGGUAUCUGAAAGCGUCAAUUACAUUAAUUCACUGAAACUACAGGUGAAACCAUCUUCAGAUGAUAUCAUAACAGUUCUCGAAAAUGGUAAAGAAUACACGGUCAAUAUGGUCAAGAGAACAUGUACAUGCAAAAAGUUUGAUAUCGAUGAAAUUCCUUGUAAACAUGACGUAGCAUUUCUAGCCGACAAGAAGAUUGAACCUUAUGCGUACUGUUCAAGAUACUAUACAAAUGCAGCUAUGUUAGCGACAUAUUCUGAAACCGUAUAUCCAUUGGAGAAGGAAGAAGAAUGGAUUAUUCCAUAACAUAUCAAGAACAUGAUUGUCUUACCACCCCAACAUAGAACAAGAACUGGAAGGCCUAAAAAGAGUAGGUACACGUCAAAGUGGGAAAAUCCGAAAAAAGGGAAAUGUGGAAAAUGCGGGCAAGCUGGACAUAAUAGGAAAACAUGCCGAAACAUGCCUAAAGCUACCUAGAUUAUCAUUUCUUUCAGUAUUUUUUAUUCUAUUAUAAAUUUCCAAGUAUUAUAUACAAUUCUGAUACAUUAAAGAUUGUUGUA